AUGCCCAAACUGGCAGUCGUCACAGUUACUGCCCUCCUGUUGGGUGCCAACUGGGGGGUCAUGGCGGCAGAAGCAGCUUGCGGCCCCAAGAAGAUCAUCAUCGAGACCGACUUCUAUGCCUUCUCGGACGAGUUGAGUCCUCCUCUGCUUCCUCCCCCGAACGCGAUUGGGAUGGCCAAUGCAUUCAUGUCAUGGGGAGAAGUCGAUAUCAUCGGGAUCGUUUCGUCCAUCCACUCGGAAUAUGCUCCACCGGCCAUCGACGCCUUCAACACCUUUUACGGCCACGGCGACAUUCCCAUUGCAAUCAAAAAACCGUUGAACGAUUCCACUGGCGACUGGGAGUAUUCAAACUACCCGGAUUACGUUAUCCCGCUUGUCGAGCACUUUUCGGAAGCAAUCCACACGGGAUGGAACACCACCGACCCUGUCCCCUUGUACCGGAAGCUUCUCUCUGAAUCAGCAGACAGCAGUGUGACCAUCGCCAUGAUUGGCUUCUUGGACAACAUAUACGACCUCCUGAUGUCAGGACCGGAUGCUCUCUCACCGCUGUCUGGGCUGGAGCUGGCGAAGCAGAAGGUGGUGGAGCUGGUCUUACAGGCCGAUCCAACUGCCCCCUCGUACAAUCUCGACCACGUCAACGGAACCUACGCCGAGUACGUCCUGUCCGUGUGGCCCAACACCAUUACCUUCGUCCCCGGCUCCAUUGGCAGCGACACGCACUGCUGCGCCAAACUCACGACAGACCUUGACGUUUCGACCGAUCCUGUCGCAUUCACCUGGAACAUUUCCGUCGGCUACAACAAAACGUACAAGUCCUGGGACCCGACGGCAAUGUUGUACGUCGGCCGCGGGCUCGGGGACUGGUACAUCUACAACCAGACGACCGAGCAGGGUUACGCCGUCGAGGCGAACGCAACGGGCGACACAUAUCUCGACACAAGCAAAAAGUCCCCGGCACCCCAGCAAGCAGUCGAGAUCGCCCCGACGUUCUCCAAUGUCAGUCUCGCCGACUUGAUUCAAGAUAUCUUGUUGUGGACACCCGGCGAGCCAUGGCCGGCAGAUGCGGGCUUGAAGUGCUCUUCAAACUCUUCUUCUUCUUCCAGUCUACCGACAGGGACAUCGAGCGCAACUGCUACCACAGUGGCGUCGACCGGAGUAGCCUCUCCUUCGGCGUACACUGGCGGCGCGGUGGAACUCGGGGCCUCCCAACUCGGAUUGCUGGCUUGUGGAGCGGCUAUUUUAGCAAUGUUUGCUGUUCAGCUUUAG